AUGCAUGCAGGAAAUUUUCUUUCUAACAAAACAAAUGCAAACUAUGUACCAGGCAGGAAGAAAACUCAGAAUUCCACCACUCCCAAUUUACCUAUAAGAACUGACCUUACUUUGGUACAGGAAUAUAGCCCAGACAUUUGUAACUACUUUUUGCAGGUAGAACAGGAGUUGUACCAUGAUAGAAUGUACAUGACGUGGCAACCAGAAAUAACUGAAAAGAUGAGACGAGUACUUAUUGACUGGCUUACCGAUGUUAAUAUUGAGUUCAAGAAUCACUCUGAAACAUUUUUCCUUGCUGUUGAUAUUAUAGACAGAUUUCUUUCCAAACGUGAGAUUUCACGUGGGAAGCUCCAACUGGUGGGGAUAGCGGCAAUGCUUAUUUCAGCAAAACAUGAGGAAGUAUGGCCUCCUUCGGUUAGAGAAUGCGUUGUGGUAACUGCUAGUACAUACAGCGAAUCCGAAUUAAUUAAGAUGGAGUGUGAGAUAGCUUGUGAACUUGGUUUCCGUUUUACAGUUCCAACCUUGUAUCCUCUUGCUUGCUUUUUUUUGAGUCCCAAAAAUUAUCGAUCUGAGGUUCGUGAUGCGAGUUUUAUGUUUCUUGAAAGUGCUACUCAUUCUUAUAUCAUGUUGUCCCAUCUUCCUUCACGUAUUGCAGCAGCUUGUGUAUUACUUGGCAUUAUUCUUGUAGCCAAUAAUUCAAACAAAUUUGAUAAGGGAUAUACCCUUGAGUAUUUAUGGUACAAUGAAAUAUUACCAUUUCCAGGCGGCAUAAGCCUUGAUGAAAUAAGGCCGGUGGCUUUACAGCUACUUACAUUUACACAAAAACUUUGUUCAGCUUCAUCAAGACUUCAAGCAAUUAGAAGAAAGUAUCUUUCCUCUAUGUUCCACGGAGUUGCUUCAUUGGAAUUUCCAUCAGUUAAUUUUUUUUCCAAUGAGAAUGUUGGAUGA